AUGCUGGGUGGGGACGUGCCUGAUCGCGAAUCGUCGCGUCUAGUAAAGCUCACCAGCCUCUCCAAUUUCGCCGAAAGCGUCGCAUUCCUCUUUGACAUGCAGCGUCCAGACCCGCACAACAUCGCCGUCCCUCUCUUUUACCUUUUGUUCUCUCGAAAACGACGUUCCCAGAACCCUGUUUUGUUUACCACACACGGCUUUGCUCGCCUUCCUCUUGAGCUCCCCGCGAAACUACGCGCUUCCAAGAUCAUGACCGGCCGGCGACCAGCAAAGGGAACCCCCAAGAAGGGCACGGCGAGAGCAAAGCAGUCAGGCCCCGCCAGGAGGAGAUCAAGGCCCAGUGAUGUUCAACCCGGAGACCCAGUGCCGCAGAAGCGCGCGCGCAGAUAUAGGCCUGGUACGGUGGCAUUGAGGGAAAUUCGCAAAUAUCAAAGCAGCACCGACUUGUUACUUCUCAAGCUUCCUUUCGCUAGACUGGUCCGAGAGAUCGCAUUGGGUGUCCGACCAAGGGAUGAAGGCAUGAGGUGGCAGUCCCAAGCCAUACAAGCGCUCCAAGAAGCAUCCGAGGCUUUCCUGAAUAACCGGAUAUAUUCCGGCCUCAUCCGUGCCGAGUCCACGUCUACUUUGUUCAAAGUUCAUUUGAUAAGCUAUAAGGUCGCUGCUCGGCCUACCUUUGAGAUAACACUCGUCAGUGUUUCCACUGGAAGGCCCCUUGGAUCGCCAACGCCAAAUAUGUCUACAGCAGCAGCUCGCACCUCUGUUCGUCAAGGAGUUCCAAUAUCCUUCCCCGUCUCCGAAGCCCACCUGUGGGCCCUUGACCUUGGUUUUCACGCCCUGGAGCUCAACUACGGGGCCAUCAGCGCCGAGGUGCUCAUGCAGUGCUAUCCCGCUGUGAACAAGACUCUCCUCUACUCGACCUUUUAUGUCGUCAUAAUCCUCAACAAAGGCUACAACAUCCUUGGAGAGGCCACUGGCAAGGAAUGGAGAGCGUCGAGAAGCCCCUUGGCGGCAGAUAUGCCAAGUUCUCCCUAA